CUCAUGAAUGAUGCCAAGUUAACAACUCAGUUUCCAAGUGCUUACAUCAAAUUACCGGUGUUGGAUUUGAAUUCUAUUCACUACCACAAAGAAUUAGUUUAUCGCAUAGCAGCCCAAAACAAUCAACAUUAGCAAAAUGAUGAACGUUUCGAAAAUCUUCGCUUUAUUUGCCGUUUUCGCCAUUGCCCUUUCAAUUGCUAUUGCUGAGGCCCGGCCACAGAAUACAAUUGAAACAACCCAGAAUAUGAGCUUAGACUCGGUUGAUACGGAUAUUGAUGAUUUGCGUAGCCUUUACUAUGAUCUGCCAGUGCAACAAAACAUUUAUCCCAAUUUGCCACUGGAUCGCUUGCAAAUGAUGUUCGCCCAAUAUCGACCCACUGCCUAUCUGCGGUCACCAAUAUCCAACGACAUUUACCGUUUGCCAGAAGCCAAGCGCCAAGUCAAAUACAGGCAAUGCUACUUCAAUCCAAUCUCAUGCUUCAAGAAGUAAAUUUCCCAGAAAACGCUCGAAAUGGACCUUGUUGUAAUCGCUCUGCAUCUAAAUCAUGGGAAGAUACAUACAAACUCGGCGGAAAGAAAAAACCAAAAUAAAUACAGAUUUCCAAUUAAACACAGCCCUUAAACUUUCCCGAAUCUGCUUCAAGAGAUGUUUGCUUAAAUUCAAAACUAUGUUUCACCAUUCAAGCCUCCACACGUCUAAUACACAUACAUACAUACUAUAUCCUUAGAUUUAAGCCCCAAUGUCAAUGGAAACACUUCUUUGUUUUUAGAAUUUAUUUUGAAGCAACGAAUAUUCUUCUAAUAAUGUAUUUUGCAAAAUAUUGAAAAAAAAAAGAAAACAACCAAUCAACAAAAAGAAUCAAUACUUAAAAAUUUUAACUUAUUUGGUAUGGUAUGCAUAUGGUGUGUGAUACACCUUUCUGGCACUACUUACUUAUCGCCUUACCGUGAAUUGUAAGUUGUACGUACAUAUGUAUUUUAAUAUUUCACACAUAUUGCCCUACGUAUACAUGCAUAUAUAUGUUAAACAAAACAAAACAAAAACAAAUAAAUUAAUGAAAAGACAACCAAAAAAUAUUUGUACAAAAUACUUACAUAGACACAUGAGAUCCCAUCAUCCAAAGUUAUCAACGGAACCAAACACAUACAUACACACAUAUUGUUGUAAAUUAAGUCAUUCAAUGGAAUUACGAUGUAAUUAUAAUCAUCAUUAAUAAAAAUCAUAAUAAAUGUUUUAAAUUUUAAAAGA